GCCUAGUCUACGCCAUAUAUCGAAAAAUACGGGAAAUUUGGAGCUGUAAACCUGCAAGUUUGGAACCAGUUUCCUAACCACGGUUAAACUCAAUCCCAGGUAGUGAGUCAAAAUACUAAACCAGGAAACACCAUAGCCAAGCUUAGCCAGGUCCAUCACGAACCCGCUUCUUCUCUCUGGGUGCUUAUUUAUUUUGAACUCAUCCCUCAAAUUCGCCAACGAUUCUUCACAUUUUCAGGUAGGUAGAGAUAGAGAGAGAGAGAAAGAGGGGUGGGAAAUCAAAUGAUGGCCAUCUCUAGCUACCCCACCGUGUUUCCCUCCUUCGAGUGCCGCUCGGACCCUGAUUUCUCCGGCCGAGUUCCGCGCCACGAGUUUCCUAGCUCGACCUUCCGUCCCAAAUCACUGAGUCACGGAUCUACUCUUCGCGGCCUCUCUUCUCCGAUCUUCAGGUUCCCUCCCAACUUCGUCAGGCAGCUCAGCACCAAGGCUCGGAGGAACUGCAGCAACAUUGGCGUCGCUCAAAUCGUCGCGGCUUCGUGGGCCAACAACAACUCCGCAUCUGGAUUUCACCCGGCGGCCAAGGCAAUUGAUGCCGCCGCCGCCGCAUCUAUUUCGCCGCCUGAGGUGGUUUCCCCUGUGUCCGAGCAGGCGCAGCUGGAGGGGAACGGUAGUUGUAGUGAACGAAAUGUACAGAAUCAGGGUUUGACCCAUGUAAAGUACGCUUCUUUUUUGAGUUCAGAUGGGAGCGUCGCAGUUCAUGCGGGUGAAAGAUUGGGGCGUGGUAUUGUUACUGAUGCAAUAACUACUCCGGUUGUUAACACGUCAGCUUAUUUCUUCAACAAGACAUCUGAGCUUAUUGAUUUCAAGGAGAAAAGGCGUGUAAGUUUUGAAUAUGGGCGUUAUGGAAACCCUACCACUGUUGUUGCAGAAGAGAAGAUAAGUGCACUUGAAGGAGCUGAGUCUACCUUGUUAGUGGCGUCUGGAAUGUGUGCUAGUACUUUAAUGUUGCUGGCUUUGGUUCCUGCUGGGGGUCAUCUAGUCACAACCACUGAUUGCUAUAGAAAGACUAGGAUCUUUAUCGAGACAAUACUUCCCAAGAUGGGGAUCACUGCCUCGGUAAUUGACCCUGCUGAUAUGAAUGGGCUGGAGUCUGCGUUACAUACACAUAAAGUGAGCCUCUUUUUUACAGAGUCCCCAACAAAUCCGUUAUUCAGGUGCGUUGACAUUAAGCUGGUUUCCAAGCUUUGCCAUGACAAAGGUGCCUUGGUUUGUAUAGACGGAACAUUUGCGACUCCUCUCAACCAAAAGGCCUUAGCUCUUGGGGCUGAUCUUGUCCUUCACUCUGCAACAAAAUUCAUUGGGGGACAUAAUGAUGUCCUAGCUGGAUGCAUCAGUGGACCUGAAAAGUUAGUUUCAGUAGUUCGUAACUUGCAUCAUAUCCUUGGGGGAACCCUCAAUCCAAACGCUGCAUAUCUUAUCAUCCGAGGCAUGAAGACGCUGCAUCUUCGUGUACAGCAACAAAACUCAACAGCAUCAAGGAUGGCCGAAGUUUUGGAGGCCCAUCCUAAGGUGAGACGUGUCUACUAUCUGGGCUUGCCAAGCCAUCCAGAACAUCAUAUUGGGAAGAAGCAAAUGACUGGGUUUGGUGGUGUAGUCAGUUUCGAGAUUGAUGGAGACCUAAUGACCACUGCAAAAUUUGUGGAUGCUCUGAAAAUUCCAUAUAUUGCCCCAUCCUUUGGCGGGUGUGAGAGCAUCGUGGACCAGCCAGCCAUUAUGUCUUAUUGGGAUCUUUCACAGUCAGAAAGGGCCAAGUAUGGGAUAAUGGACAACUUGGUUAGGUUCAGCUUUGGGGUGGAGGACUUUGAAGACUUGAAAGCUGAUGUUCUUCAGGCUCUAGAGGCCAUAUAGUGGCACCCUCCUUUCAAAUGCUGUUUCUCUUUUGUUUCUUGGUCAUUACGAGUUGGCUUGCUUGUUUCUUGUUUAUUUACUUGGAAUUUGUUGGUGGGCACGUACAUUCAAAGGAGCAUUUAUGUCCACAAUUUGAAUCAAACAUGUUAUCUUCAGUAACAAACUGACGAAUCCUUGAAUUAUUUGCAAUACUCACAUAUACACCGAAGAACAACUGAUCAAAAUAUACACGAGAAUACAGACAUAACAAACUGAUCAACA